ACCCAAGGUAUGGCUACAACUGUUGCUGAUGCUUGGGUCGUGAUAAAAGAUCCCCAGUCUGAUACCAUGUUUUACGCUAACCCGGCAACUGGUGAAUGUCUAUUGGAGAAACCGAGGAAUAUACAUUUAUAUCCAAUACUAGGCGAUGAAUGGUGGGAAUUAUGGGAUGAUUAUCAUCAAUUACCUUAUUAUUAUCAUUCCGUUACAGGUCAAACUGAUUGGAUUGUACCCUCAUCUGGAACAAUUAUUCCCCUAAGAAAAAUACAAAACUCUUCAAUUGGAAAAAGAUUAUCCGCUGUAUUCGCACAAGACGAUAAUUUUGAUCUCAUGAAGGCUGCCGCUGGAAAUAAUUCAAAACAAAUUAAAGCAUCAGGAUCGUUAUUAUCUCCUAAUGGUAAUAAUCAACAACCAUUGUCUACGGCUUCGAUAAAAGUUUCUCAUCAUCACAAAGGAGAAGAAUUUAUCCCAUCAUCAUCGUCACGUGAUGUUGAUUCAAUUAGCGUGAAAAGAGAUAAAUCAAAGAAUUCAAAUACGAACCGAAUUACGUUUAACGAUUCUGAGAACGCAAAAGAUUUCUCUCAAAAUUCUUCAGAUAAUUCAAGUAACAGUGAGACAGAUGUUGAUGCGUUAACACAGAAGCAAUCGAGAAGAAAUAAUUCUCUGUCAACAAAAUUUUCGAAAUCAAGUACAACUUCAUUUGAUUCAACUUAUGUCGCUUCCAAUUCAACAUCUCGUUCAGUAACCCCAUCUAGUAUAAUAAACAAUAAUGGGUCCGAUGUGCAUGUAAAUCACGUAAAUCAGCAACAAUCCUUCAUGGCUGUUUCUCCAAAAAAGUCCUUUUUGGCCGCUGAUAAGGCACGUAAAUCCGGUAUAAGUAAUCCUGUAGUAAAUAUUG